UGACCUCACAGGUGUCCAACCCAACAGCCUCUCCAUAUAGAACGACAGAAAACACAGGACAAGCAUCACCAAUGGUUACCUCAAGUUCCAUAACAACACUUCCUCAGAGCCAACACACUGGAAGCAUGAAGACCGCCAGCAAACCUCAAACCACCAGAACCACAGAGGUGACUACGACUCUUUCAGCCUCCUCAAGUGACCAACUUCAGACAGGCACAGGUUCCCAGAGAACAUCCUCUCCUGAUACCAAAACCACCUCACAUGCUCCCAGUGUAGGCAGCUCAUCUCCAAGUCCACCCUCCACAGAAGGAACCUCAGUAGUCACAGGACUCACAACGGCAAUGACUGCUCAAGAUUCUACCCCUGCCACCACUCAGGGCUCACUGACAUCUUCCUCCCAGACACUGUCAACUGUGUCACCACUCAGCACUUCUACACAGGAAAUAACAACACUUUCUCAGAGCCAACACACUGGAAGCAUGAAGACCACCAGCAGACCUCAAACCACCAGAGCCACAGAGGUGACUACAUCGACUCUUUCAGCCUCCUCAAGUGACCACGUUCAGACAGAGACAAGUUCCCAGACAACACUGUCUCCUGAUGCAACAACCACCUCACAGGUUCCCAGAGAGAGCAGCUCACCUCCAAGUACUUCAGUUAUGUUAACCACCACGGCCUCCACAGAAGGCACCUCAGGAGACACAGGACACACAACGGCAGUAACUGCUCAAGGUUCCACACGUGCCACCACAGAGAUCUCAGUGACACCUUCCUCCCAGACAUUGUCAACUGUGUCAACACUCAGCACUUCUACACAGGAAUUAACAACACUUUCUCAAAGUCAACACACUGGAAGCAUGAAGACCACCAGCAAUCCUCAAACCACCACACCCACAGAGGUGACUACAACUCUUUCAGCCUCCUCAAGUGACCAAGUUCAGACAAAGACAAGUUCCCAGACAACACUAUCUCCUGAUGCAACAACCACCUCACAUGCUCCCAGAGAGAGCAGCUCACCUCCAAGUACUUCAGACAUGUUAACCACAGCACGCUCCACAGAAAGCACCUCAGGAGACACAGGACACACAACGGCAGUAACUACUCAGGGUUCUAUACCUGCUACCACACUGUUCUCACCAACACUCUCAUCUCAGAAAAUGUCAACAGUGUCAACACCCACCACCUCAAUUCAGGAAUUGUCAACACUUCCUCAGAGCCAACACACUGGCAGCAUGGAGAUCAGUAGCAGACCUCAAACCACCUCAGUCACACCAACUCUUUCAUCCUCUCCAAGUGGCUCAACUCCUGUACAGACUCGGUCCCAAGUGACAUCAUCUUCAGAGGAAAGAACCAACCCAACUUCUUCUGGUGUCAGUAACACAUCCCCAGGUACAACAGAAGUUCUCACCCCAACAUUCUCUCCAGAGUCUACUCCAGGAAACACAGCUCCGAGGACAACUGAGACCUCUACAACAACCACGACAAAAAUCUUAAUGACAUCUUUACAACAGAAACUGCCAACAGUGUCACCACUCAGCACUUCUACACAGGAAUUAACAACACUUUCUCAGAGUCAACACACUGGAAGCAUAAAGACCACCAGCAGAACUCAAACUACCACACCCACAGAGGUGACUACAUCGACUCUUUCAGCCUCCUCAAGUGACCAACUUCAGACAGGCACAAGUUCCCAAAGAACAUCCUCUCCUGAUACAACAACCACCUCACAUGCUCCCAGUGUAGGCAGCUCAUCUCCAAGUCCACCCUCCACAGAAGUCACCUCAGUAGACACAGGACUCAAAACAGCAAUAUCUACCCAGAGUUCUACCCCUGCCACCACUCAGGGCUCACUGACAUCUUCCUCCCAGACGCUGUCAACUGUGUCACCACUCAGCACUUCUACACAGGAAUUAACAACACUUCCUCAGAGCCAACACACUGGAAGCAUGAAGACCGCCAGCAAACCUCAAACCACCAGAGCCACAGAGGUGACUACAUCGACUCUUUCAGCCUCCUCAAGUGACCACGUUCAGACAGAGACAAGUUCCCAGACAACACUGUCUCCUGAUGCAACAACCACCUCACAGGCUCCCAGAGAGAGCAGCUCACCUCCAAGUACUUCAGACAUUUUAACCACCACGGCCUCCACAGAAGGCACCUCAGGAGACACGGGACACACAACGGCAGUAACUACUCAGGGUUCCACACCUGCUACCACAGAGAUCUCAGUGACACCUUCAACCCAGAAAAUGUCAACAGUGUCAACACCCACCACCUCAAUUCAGGAAUUAUCAACACUUCCUCAGAGCCAACACACUGGCAGCAUGGAGAUCAGUAGCAGACCUCAAACCACCUCAGUCACAUCAACUCUUUCAUCCUCUCCAAGUGGCUCAACUCCUGUACAGACUCGGUCCCAAGUGACAUCAUCCUCAGAUGAAAGAACCAACCCAACUUCUUCUGGUGUCAGUAACACAUCUCCAGCUACAACAGAAGUGCUCACCCCAACAUCCUCUCCAGAGUCUGCUCCAGGAAACACAGCUCCGAGGACAACUGAGACCUCUACAACAACCACGACAAAAGUCUUAAUGACAUCUUUACAACAGAAACUGCCAACAGGGUCAACACUCGGCACUUCUACACAGGAAUUAACAACACUUUCUCAGAGUCAACACACUGGAAGCAUAAAGACCACCAGCAGAACUCAAACUACCACACCCACAGAGGUGACUACAUCGACUCUUUCAGCCUCCUCAAGUGACCAACUUCAGACAGGCACAGGUUCCCAGAGAACAUCCUCUCCUGAUACAACAACCACCUCACAUGCUCCCAGUGUAGACAGCUCAUCUCCAAGUCCACCCUCCACAGAAGUCACCUCAGUAGACACAGGACUCACAACGGCAAUGACUGCUCAAGAUUCUACCCCUGCCACCACUCAGGGCUCACUGACAUCUUCCUCCCAGACGCUGUCAACUGUGUCACCACUCAGCACUUCUACACAGGAAUUAACAACACUUCCUCAGAGUCAACUCACUGGAAGCAUGAAGACCACCAGCAAUCCUCAAACCACCAGAGCCACAGAGGUGACUACGACUCUUUCAGCCUCCUCAAGUGACCACGUUCAGACAGAGACAAGUUCCCAGACAACACUGUCUCCUGAUGCAACAACCACCUCACAGGCUCCCAGAGAGAGCAGCUCACCUCCAAGUACUUCAGUUAUGUUAAUCACCACGGCCUCCACAGAAGGCACCUCAGUAGACACAGGACACACAACGGCAGUAACUACUCAAGGUUCUACUCCUGCCACCACUCAGGGCUCACUGACAUCUUCCUCCCAGACGCUGUCAACCGUGUCAACAUUUAGCACUUCUACACAGGAAUUAACAACAUCUUUUCAGAGUCAACACACUGGAAGCAUGAAGACCACCAGCUAUCCUCAAACCACCAGAACCACAGAGGUUCCCACAAGACAAGUUCCCACAAGACAAGAACCACAGACAAGUUCCCAGACAACACUAUCACCUGAUACAACCACCUCCCAUGCUCCUAGUGUGAGCAGCUCACCUCCAAGUACAUCAGAUAUUUUAACCACCACAGCCUCCACAGAAGGCACCUCAGGAGACACAGGACACACAAUGGCAGUAACUACUCAGGGUUCCACACGUGCCACCACACAGGUCUCAGUGACACCUUCAACCCAGAAACUGUCACCAGUGUCAACACUUAGCACUUCUACUCAAGAAUUAACUUCUUCUCAGAGCCAACACACUGGAAGCAUGGGGACCAGCAGCAAACCUCAAGCCACCACACCGACAGAGGUGACCACAUCCACUCUUUCAUCAUUGUCAAGGGGAUCCACUCAAACACAGACAGUUUCUUGGGAAACAUCCUCCUCAGGAAAAAUAACUGCCCCAUCUACUUCCAGUAGGAGGACCCCAUCUGUAGCCACAUCAGACAUAUUCACCGCCACAGAAUCCACCUCAGGAAAUGCGGGGCACACACUUAUAACUGGAAGCCACAGCGUGAUCACAUCAAGAAUUCCAAGCACAACUCUAGGCCGAUUGUCAACAGUGGCGCACAGCAAGUCUACUCAGCGAUCAUCUACACAUUCUCAGAGUUACUUGACUGAAAGCAUGGGGGCAUCCAGCAUGUCUGAAACCAGCCUCCUCACAGAGGCUACCACAGAGAAGCAGUUUGCCUCUUCGCCUGGACCCACUGUGACAGAGACCUUCUCUCGUGGGACGUCCUCUUCAGGAUUGACCACGAAAACAGACAAUGACAGAAGUACAGUACUCUCAGCCACCUCCUUGACCCUUCCGACUCCCAGCACGUCCACAGCCUCCAGGUCCACAGUGCCUCCAGCCCCUCUUCCACCAGACCAGGGGAUUUCCCUCUUCCCCUACGGGUCAAGCUCUGAAGUUAGAGACAAGCAAUUGUUUGCCAGGACUGUGGAUUUUACCUCACCAAUCUUCAAGAUCCAGAUUGGCUUUCCCCUCGGCUCCUCCCUGCGGGAUUCCUUCUACUUUACAGAUAACGGUCAGAUCAUUUUCCCCGAGUCAGACUACGAUGUCUUCUCCUACCCCAACCCACCUCAAAGAGGCUUCACAGGAAGGGAGCAUGUGGCCAUAGUGGCCCCAUUCUGGGGUGAUGCUGAUUUCUCUAGCUCCAGGGGAACCAUAUUUUACCAGGACUACAUCACAUUUUACGAUGAGCAGCACCAGCUAAUCCGGAAGGUGGAGUCUCUGAUUAAUGAGUUUACAAGUGACUGGAGCUUCAAAGCCAAGUGGACACUGAAGGUCACCUGGGUCAAUGUUCCUGCCUAUCCAGCCCGGGGGAGCUUUGGGACCAAUACCUACCAAGCCAUCCUCUCCACAGAUGGGAGCAGGUCCUACGCCCUGUUUCUCUACCAGAGCGGUGGCAUGAGGUGGGAUGUGACCCAGGGACUGUACAACCGAGUGCUCAUGGGCUUCUCCAGUGGAGAUGGGUAUUUUGAAAACAGCCCACUGACAUUCCGGCCAGCAGUGGAGAAGUACCGUCCAGAUCGAUUCCUGAACUCCAAAUUAGGCAUCCGGGGACUGCAGGUCUACAGGCUACACAGGGAGGUGUGGCCCAACUACAGGCUCAAAUGUCUGCAGUGGCUGGAAAGUCCGCCUCAGCGGCCCAGCUGGGGCUGGAACAAGAUUUCCUGCCCUUGCUCCUGGCAGCAGGGACGAUGGGACUUUCGGUUCUGGCGCAUCAACACAGGUCUGUGGGGCAGGCAGCUGUGCAGCUUCUCCUCCGGGCGAGGGGGCGUGUGCUGUAGCUAUGGCACCUGGGGUGAGUUUCGAGAAGGCUGGAGAAUGCACAGUCCUUGGCAGUUUGAUGAGGAGCAGGAGGCACAGAACUGGUGCUGCCGUUGGAAUGACAAGCCCUCUUUCUGCGUCCAGUACCAGCUCAGGCGGCCCCGAGUUAGUUGUGCUGGGUACAGGCCCCCCCGGCCCGCUUGGACAUUUGGUGAUCCCCACAUCACCACUUUGGAUAACGCCAAGUACACCUUCAACGGGCUAGGGGACUUCCUGCUGGUUCAGGCCCAGGACAGAAAUUCUUCCUUCCUGCUGGAGGGCCGAACUGCCCAGACUAGUUCUGCCAAUGCCACGAACUUCAUUGCCUUUGCGGCCCAAUACAACACCAGCAGCCUGAAGUCUCCCAUCACAGUUCAGUGGUUUCUUGAGCCCAACGACACAAUCCGAGUUGUACACAAUAACCAAACGGUGGCCUUUAACACCAGCGACACUGAAGACUUGCCCGUAUUCAAUGCCACUGGUGUCCUACUGAUCCAAAAUGGCUCCCAAGUCUCAGCCAACUUUGAUGGGACAGUGACCAUCUCUGUGAUUGCUCUCUCCAACAUCCUUCAUGCCUCCUCCAGCCUGUCAGAGGAGUACCGCAACCACACAAAGGGCCUUCUGGGAGUCUGGAAUGACAAUCCAGAAGAUGACUUCAGAAUGCCCAACGGCUCCACCAUUCCAUCCAACAGCUCUGAGGAGACUCUUUUCCACUAUGGAAUGACAUGGCAAAUCAACGGGACAGGCCUCCUUGGGGUGAGGACGGACCCUCUGCCUUCCGACUUUACUCCCAUCUUCUUGUCCCAACUGUGGAACAAGAGCGCCGCCGGUGAAGACUUGAUCUCUGGGUGCAACGAGGACGCACAGUGCACGUUUGACGUCCUGGCCACAGGAAACAGAGACAUCGGACAAAGCACCAACUCAAUCCUUAGAACAUUCCGGCACGUGAAUGGCACGCUCAACCAGUACCCACCCCCUAUCCACUACAGCAGCAAGAUUCAAGCCUACAAGGGGCGAACAGUGGCCAUUGAGAUCACCAGCGACUCUAAGGAUGUCGUAUUCAGCCUCUCCAACAAGUGCAGUGGCUUUGAGCUCUUUGAAAACGGGAGUUUGCAGUGGACACCAACAUCCCCAGAAGCAUGUACCCUGGAGAUUCUAGCAAGGGAUGUCAAGACUAACUUGUCGUCGGUACUCCAGCCUGAGACGGUGGCUUGCUUCUGCAGUAAGGAGGACCAGUGUUUGUACAACGAGACCAGCAAAGAGGGCAACUCUUCCACUGAGGUGACCAGCUGCAAGUGCGAUGGGAACUCCUUCGGCCGCUUGUGUGAACAGUCUAAGGACCUCUGCACUGAGCCAUGCUUCCCUAAUGUGGACUGCAUUCCUGGGAAGGGCUGUCAGGCCUGCCCUCCAAACAUGACUGGAGAUGGGCGUCAUUGUGCAGCUGUGGAGAUCUCUGAAUUCUGCCAGAACCAUUCCUGUCCUGUGAAUUACUGCUAUAACCAUGGCCACUGCGACAUCUCUGGGCCUCCAGGCUGCCAGCCCACUUGCACCUGCGCCCCUGCCUUCACUGGUAACCGCUGCUUCCUGGCCGGGAACAAUUUCACUCCCAUCGUCUCUAAAGAGCUUCCCUUGAGGACCAUCACGCUCUCUCUCAGGGAGGACGAAAACGCCUCUAACGCUGACGUCAAUGCCUCGGUGGCAAACGUACUAGAGAACUUGGACAUGCGGGCUUUUCUCUCCAACAGCUUAGUGGAGCUGAUACGAACCUCUCCCGGAGCACAGUCCUUGGGCAAGCCCAUUCAUCACUGGAAGGUCGUCUCCCACUUCAAGUACCGUCCCAGGGGACCCCUCAUCCACUAUCUGAACAACCAGCUGAUAAGCGCCGUGAUGGAGGCCUUCCUCCUCCAGGCUCGGCAGGAGAGGCGGAAGAGGAGUGGAGAAGCCAGGAAGAACGUCCGCUUCUUCCCCAUCUCCAGGGCAGAUAUCCAGGACGGGAUGGCCCUGAACCUAAGUAUGCUGGACAAGUACUUCACGUGCGAUGGCUACAAAGGCUACCGCUUGGUCUACAGCCCCCAGGAUGGCGUCACCUGUGUGUCCCCAUGUAGUGAGGGCUACUGUCACAAUGGAGGCCAAUGCAAGCACCUGCCAGAUGGGCCCCAGUGCAGCUGCGCAACCUUCAGCAUCUACACAUCCUGGGGCGAACGCUGUGAGCAUCUAAGCGUGAAACUUGGGGCAUUCUUCGGGAUCCUCUUUGGAGCCCUGGGUGCCCUCUUGCUACUGGCCAUCUUAGCAUGUGUGGUCUUUCACUUCUGCGGCUGCUCCAUGAACAAGUUCUCCUACCCUCUGGACUCAGAACUGUGAGGCCUCGUCCCAGAUGGGCAGCUGCACCUAGGAUACCUCAGGACCCGCCCAUCGGUCUGCCCCUGCUCUAGGGAGACUGGAAAGGGCCGACUGCAUGAAGAUGAUUUGAGAUUCUUCAAGCAUGAAUAAAGGGAGUGAAACCAGACUCUACCAUUUUAGUAGGCCAUGGGUAUAGGAAAAGGCCAGAUGACCAAAUGUAGAGAUGGAUGGAUUCCUAUACAGCACAUGGGAAAGGAUAUUGCCUAUGUACACACACACACAUACACACACACACACACACACACCAGAGUUAAUGGAUGACUGGCUUUAUAUUCACCAAAAUGUUUUUACUUAUAAAACCAGCAUACUUCUCAUUAAAAUCUAUUUAAAUA